UCAACAUCUUCAGAUACAAAACGAUUGCCGUGGUUAGCGGUUCAAUUUAAUUGCAGCAACGGUUACGUGCGCGCGCGGCUUAGUGGUAGUGACUUCAUACAUUUGUGCAUAAAUAUAUAUUUUCAGUGAGAAAAUAGAUAAAAUAUCUGCGCGGUGGAGACACGCACUAGCAGUGAGUGGGCAAAGAAUACCAAGAAAUACAUAAAUAAAUGAAUGGCAAAGAAUUAAGCAAAUUUACUAGUGCUCGUUGGCCGAAUAAUAACAAAAGAAUCAAUUAGCGUAAAUUAGAGCGAGAAGAAAAAUAUAAAAAAGAUAAAAAAUUAUUAAAUAUACAAAACUAAGCGAGCGGAAAUUGAAGUUAGUAGUGCAAGAAGUUUUCGAGGAAAUGUUAGAAAUAAUAAAAUUGUGACAAAGUGUAAGGAAUGUGUCAGAGCAGUGAAAGCAAAUUAAAUUAUCUAGGCAAGAAAAUUGUGAAAUAAAAAUGCGUACAUAUGUACAUAUCUGUAUGUAUGUAUAAAUGGUAAUAAAGCUUCUUAAGCGAGUCUAUGUGCAGUAAAGUUAUUUUUGUUUUUAAAUGCGUGUAUGUGCAUGCAUAUUUCUCAAAAUUUUUCGAAAUUUUGGUAUAAUUGAAAAAUAUAUUAAAAUAAAGGCAGCAGAUUAAUGCUGGUGAAAAUUUGUGGAUAAUAAAAAUAUUCAACUCAUUUAAAAUAAAAAAAAAUUUGUGUCAAAUAACGAUAAAAAAAAUUAAAAAAAAAUCACGCAAUAUUUUUUAUAUUUUAAUUUAAAAAUAAGCGGGCAAGAAGCAUGCAGAAAACAACAAAGCAACGCAGGGCUUAAAAAUAUGAGAGCCCAGUUAAAUAGUAAAAUAAAAAUAAAUUAUUAAAUAUAAAUAAAAAAUAUGCAAUAACAUCUUAAACAUUAACGACGGCUUGCGUUGCAGAAUGAAAUCGUAAAAAGUACUAAAAAAAAAAAAACAAAGCGGAAACUAAAGCUGAAAGUGUUUGUUUUUUUAAUACAAAUCAACUAACCAACACCUUUUUACCAAAAAAAAAAAUGCCUCAAAAACACACUGCAACAUCACACCACAGCGACUGCUUGCGCAUCGGCGACGCUGCAACGCCUUCACACACCAUUAACAUCACCAACUCCACCGUCACCUCAACAUCCGUCCGCGCAACGACAGGUGAGGCAACUGCAAGCAUGCAACACCAACACGCUGAUUUGCCAACAACUCGCCAUCCAAUAUUUAACUGCAAAACUUCCUCGCUUCUGCUAUACUCAACACUGUUCGGCCUGCUCGCGCUCGUCAACUGCGUACCGGCGCCGACGUUAACUUCACAAGCUCUAAAGGCGCACAACUUUCCACCGCUACCACCACUCAAGGCUUCGUCAGAGCAUGUAGCUGUUGCUGUUGCUGGCGAGGAUAACAGCUUCUCGUCCUUGCACGAGUCAGGUGACGACACCGAUGAUUACUAUGAUGACAAUGCGGCGGAGAAUUAUGUUUCAUCUAGUGGCGGAAAUGUUGACGCCGUAAAUGGUGGUAGUGGUAGUGGGCGUCAACGUCGUCAUCAGGAACAAGUGGCGCCGACAACAGCUCGCUUUGGUUAUGACGGCAAUAAAGUUAAGCCACAAUUAUUUUAUAAGCAACAACAAAAGCUCGCUUCUUCAAAGCCCAUUGCUGCGAGCGCGGCCGCACGUGUAAAUAACGAUUUGUCAGUAUGGAGCUUGAUGGACAAUGAGAAACGCACAGAUAUUUGUGAUGUCUGUACUUGUGACAAAACCAAUCGACAUAUAACGGUCGAAUGUGAUUAUAAUCAACGAAAUUUGAAGACACCGUUGAGCGAAAUAUUGGACACAAGUUACCAGAUACCAAAAACGACAAAAGCGAUGACAAUUAGAUUGGCCCCACGUACACAUAUGCGCGUGGAAAACGGUUUAUUUGUUAACAAUUCACUUAUGAAUAGUUUGACAAUUAUUGGCUCAUAUAAUGAUGGUGAACAAGUGGAGAUCACGAAGGGAGCUUUUCCAAAUGCAAUGGGGCCUUAUCCGGAAAUUACAAUGAAAGAUGUAUUUUCAGUGGUGGUGCGCGCGGGUGCAUUCUGCGGCAACAAAAAAUUCAACGUUCACAAUAGCAACGAUUUGAUUUUGUUUCCGAAUGCUUUUGAAAAAGCCGAAGUGAAUGGACGAUUUGUUAGCGUUGCUGAUUUGCACAUUGAAGAGAAUGCGUUCAAUUCAGCCAAUGCUACGCUGUACAUCGAGAAUUCACACGUCGACAAUAUUUAUCGUUUCGAGGCAUCACUGCGUGGAAUAAAAUUCGUCAAUUGUAGUAUUGGCACCAUCAAUAGCGGUUCUUUCGAUGUUAAUAAUAUACAUUCUAUUGAGUUUUAUAAUAGUCGCAUUGAUGUGAUCAAAUCACGGGCGAUUACGGAGAAGUUAUUCAGCAUGAGCGUUUUAUUCAUUGGCGGUGUCAUCGGCUACAUUGAAGGCGAGGCUAUAAACGGUAGUGGCAUCAAUGAACUGACUUUACGUAAUAACAGCAUUGACACCAUCCACGAGAACGCCAUACAAGUGAAUUCGAUCAAUGCGACCAUCGCCGACAAUCAUAUAAAACAUCUCGGUCAAAAUUGGUUGCGCAUCAAGGAAUGGUCAAGCAUUGUUAUUGUGAACAAUAGUUUCGGUGAUUUUGGUGGCAUUAUAGUGGAGAAUACAACGAAUCCCGUCGCGUGCCGUUUCGAGGGCAACUCACUAACCAAACCGAAACGCGGCAGUUUGAAUAUUAAAAAUCGCCAUUGUAUUAUGCAUGAGAUUAUCGUAGAUCUACCGUGCCGAUGUAAUCGCGAUUGGCUCGACGAAUACACCGAACGCGAUUUGCGUGCCCAAAUCUAUUGUACAGUCGAUAAGAAGUUGGGCGCUUGCUUUAAUGCGACCACCUUCAAUAUGGCGCGCUACGAACAUGUAGUAUGCGAUGAGCAGAAGACGACCUUGGAUUGUGGCGCCAAUCGGAAACUCAAGAAGGUGGACGGCAACUUCUUCACACUCGACGAACUCGAACAACAGGCCACACAAUUUUUGCAUAUUAUCUACCUCGGCACGGCCUUGGUUUUGGCCAUCAUACUCAUCAUUAUACUGAUAUUAGUGUUGCGCUGUUUGUGUCGCCGUCAGCGUAAGUGCGCACGGCAGGCGGACCAGUUUGAGCACCAGCAACAGCAUCGUCAUGAAUUCACCAACGAUGAACAAAUCAUCAUCGAACGCGCACAAAAGCUCAUACAAAAUCGUCAUCCACGUUAUGACAAACAAAUCAGCGUUUUGUGUCACGAAUUGUUGCUAAAGAAUCGCACCCAAACGCAGUGUGUUAAGACGAUAACGAAAAUCGAGAAUUUACUCAAUAAAAUUGUACGUUGUGAAGAUUUGAACGCCUUCUCGCGUGUGCUGGCCCAGCACAUACAACCACAGACGCAAACCCUACAGCUCGCAUCGACGAAUGCCAUCUGUCGCACGGAAAGUUUUACGCACGUGCAACGCGAAAAUUACGAAGGUCCACAUUAUGCCGGUUGUAUUGACACGGCGCAUAUUGUGGCGAGUCGUGAAGCGGCGUGUUUGGAGCGCGAGCGUGAACGUGAACGCGAGCGGGAGCGUGAACGUGAACGUGUGAAUGGCAUAGAGAGUGUCGUCGCACGUAACGCCGACAUACAUAAUAUACCCAAUGAACCUUUCUACGAGGAGUUGGGGCAGCCACUGCUGCCCGACUACGCUUCACCGGCUGAUGGUCGUGUAUAUGCGACGCCACACGAUCUAGCGUCGGCCAUGUCUGCGGAGUUGGAGUAUGCGGAGCCUGUGAAUAAUCGAGCCGACUAUGCCGCCGACCAACUGCCACCGUAUGCCGUGCCAAUGCCAAAUAGACUGCCAAACCAACCGUCCAUGCGUGCGCCUACAGCAGCGCCACGUACACAUUUGCCGCCCAUCAAUAUUAUUAAUAAUAAUAACAACAACAGCAACAAUAACAACAAUCAUCAUCAUCAUCAUCCACUCUAUCAAGUUAGUAAAAUCAAUCUACCAACGGAUAGCGAUCAUAGACCGGCGCUGCCACCCUCAAAUGUUAAACGCAAAGCGCAUGAUUUGGAGAAUCGCUUAAAUCUACACUUGCCCAAUUCAGCUGAUCGUCCACCAAAUAAGCAUUUAGUUGCACCACCGGUUUACACAGCGCCUGAGAUUGGACAUAAGCGCCCGAUGCCAACACCCGCCUCGACUUUUGCACGCCUCGCCACACCGGAAAUGGAUGAGACUGAUAUGGAUAUGCGUGGUGCGAGUGCGCUGCCAUCCACCGAGGCCAAUGUCGAUCAUCAUUCGGGUGGCAGUAAUGAGACUGUAUUAAUGGAUGAUGUUAUAAUGUAUGCGGAUGCAUGAGGGUGAGAGGGAGGAACACAAAAACGGAAUCAAAAUAAAAUGAUGAGAAAAAUGGAAAAUGGAAGUGAAUGCAAAUCGAUCGGCGCAAGCGUUGAAAUGUUUUCAAAAUAUGACUUCGGAAAGACUGAGGGAAUAUUUUUCGUUUUAUAUCAGUGCUUAGUAGCAUACUUUCAAGCGCAAUGAUUUUCACUUCCAUAAUUUUGUGUUAAUUGAAUUUUUGUAGUCAUAGAGUUUUAAUAAAACACUUUAGUUUUGUUUGCUGAAGCGCGAAGGGAAGUCAUGUACCACUGCCAAAGUAACAAAGUGUAAAAAAUUUUCGUUCUCAAA